AUGCCGCUACCCAUGGCGCUAGGAGCCCACUGCGCUACGAGAAGUACUGCAAAAUUGGUGGCUAAGUACGUGCCCAAAAUGCCAAUAUUGUCCGUUGUGGUUUCUGAAAUCAAAAUCAAGACUGAUUCCUUUUAUUGGUCUUGUAGUGAUGAGUCUGCUGCUAGGCACGCCUUAUUUACAGGGGGUUGGUUCAUGUUCUGUGUGCAGGAUCUGCAAGGGCUGCUCAUGAAGAAUCAACUGAGGAAGCACUGGAAUUCGACCUUGAACAUGCUAAAUCAAAAGGACUCUACAAGGUCGGGGAUGUUGUCGUAG